AUGGCCAGUCCAGGAGGGGGAAGGGGAGGGAGUGGUGUUGGCGCCUGGAAUGUUCAGUACUUCAAACCAAAUCUGGUUGAUCCUGUUCCUAGCGAUAUCGUUAUCUCACGUGGGCAACCACCCAAGAACAUCGAACAGGUGGCUGAAGAAGUUGGCAUUUUGCCGCAAGAGCUCGAUCCUUACGGGAGGAAAAAAGCUAAGGUAUCAUUGGAUGUGCUGAAGAGACUGCGACACUACAAAAAUGGGAAAUAUGUGGUUGUGGUCGGAAUCACACCUACACCAUUUGGUGAAGGUAAAACCACAACAACUGUGGGACUGUCCCAGUCACUUGGUGCACAUUUACACAAAAAUGUCUUCACUUGCCUUCGUCAGCCAUCACAAGGCCCAACUUUCGGAAUCAAAGGAGGAGCCGCUGGAGGAGGAUACGCACAGGUGAUACCCAUGGAAGAGUUCAAUUUACACUUAACUGGCGAUAUUCAUGCUAUCACAGCUGCCAAUAAUCUCCUAGCAGCUGCUAUAGACGCAAGAAUGUUUCAUGAAUCUACACAAAAGGAUGAAGCACUUUUCAAUAGGCUUUGUCCAAAAAACAGGGAAGGUAAACGCCCACUUUCCGAAGUGCAAAAGCGCCGUCUAGUUGGCAUGGGACUAGGAGUAGUUGACGAUGCAAAUACUUUGACUAAAGAACAGCAAGUCCAGUGCAGUCGUCUCAACAUUGAUCCUAAGACUAUCACCUGGAACCGAGUGAUCGAUACGAAUGACAGAUUUCUUAGAGGGAUCGAGAUCGGCUUGGGACCAGCAGAAAAGGGUCACACAAGAAGGACACAAUUCGACAUUUCGGUUGCUAGUGAGUUGAUGGCAAUUCUUGCACUGACAACAUCACUCGGUGAUAUGCGUGAUCGUAUCAGCAGAAUCGUGAUUGGUUCGGAUGUCCAAGGCCAUCCAGUCACAGCAGAUGACAUCGGAGUUACCGAUGCCAUGACGGUGCUAAUGCGUGAUACCGUCCGACCAACUUUGAUGCAAACUCUGGAAGGCACUCCCGUCUUCGUUCAUGCUGGCCCAUUUGCCAAUAUAGCUCACGGAUCUAGCAGUAUCAUUGCGGAUCAGAUAGCUCUCAAGCUUGUUGGAGAGCAUGGAUACGUGGUAACUGAGGCUGGUUUUGGCGCCGAUAUUGGCAUGGAGAAGUUUUUCAACAUUAAGUGCAGAUAUUCAGGUCUCCAGCCAUCUGCAGUUGUCUUAGUUGCUACCGUCAGAGCUCUAAAAAUGCAUGGAGGGGGUCCGGCGGUGGUGCCAGGAAAUCCGCUCAAGCACGAAUAUCUAGAAGAAAACCUAGACCUCGUCAAAGCCGGGUGUGACUCGAACUUGAGGAAACAGAUUGAAAAUUGUAAUAAAUUCGGUAUACCCGUUGUGGUUUGUGUCAACAAGUUUGCUACUGACACUGAUAAGGAAUUGGAGCUGGUUGUGAACAGAGCAAUAGAGCACGGAGCCUUUGACGCAGUAAUCUCCGAUCACUGGGCUAAAGGAGGUGCUGGAGCUCUUCUACUAGCUAAAGCCAUCGUCAAAGCAACAUCUGAGGACGGAAGAAAUUUCAAGUUCCUCUACCCGCUGAACAUUUCGCUUGAGGAGAAGAUUAACAUUAUCGCCCGUGAAAUCUACGGAGCUAAUGGAGUGGAGUUCUCGGAACAAGCUAGAAAAAAGCUGGAUACCUACACGAAACAAGGAUUUUCAAAUCUACCAAUAUGCAUGGCAAAGACUCAGUUAUCUCUUUCCCAUGAUCCAACAAAGAAAGGAGCACCUACAAACUUCACGCUGCCAAUCCGAGAUGUGAGCGCCUCAAUUGGUGCCGGAUUCAUUUUUCCGUUUUCCGGAGAGAUCACUACGAUGCCUGGACUCGGGACACGCCCGUGCUUCUUCGACAUCACCAUUGAUCCUGAGACUGAAAUUAUCAAUGGCCUCUUCUAA